ACCCGUUCACAAAAGCCUAACAAAACCAACCCUUCCCAAACCCCCACCCAAACGUGACCUAAACCUAGCCGCAACACUCACUCUGCAGUCUGCACUCUACUCUCGAAACCCACUCCCAGCACCUCCCACUCCCAGCCCGCGCCAACCCACUUCCUCCCACCACCUCCCAGUGCCGCCGAACCCUUCCUCCCAGCGCCGCCGAUCCCUUCCUCCCAGCGCCGCCGAUCCCUUCCUCCCAGCACCUCCUCGCGGACAGCACCAGCCAGCACCACCGUCGCGGACAGCACCACCCACAGCACCGUUUUUGGCUUCGCGGAGACAGCAUCACCCAGCCACCCACAGCAUCGUUUCUGGCCUCGCGGACAGCACCCAGCCACCGAAUCAAGUCAGAUAUGGAGCCUCCGAGUUAGCAGAAAAUGUGAGAAGGACAAUGAAAGAGAGGCUUUCACUGGGAAAGAAAGCUGUUUGGAGUGUGCUGAGUGGAAGCUAGGGGGAUUCAUGUUUGGUAUGCAAUUGCAUUGGUGAUUGGUGCAAAAUUUGUUCCUUUACAUAAACCACGGAAGGUGCCAGCUGAACGUUCUCUCUUGGAUUUUUUCUUCCCUGGAGCUCCAAUUAAGAUUCCGAGACUGCUAUUUGUUAUUGGUGUUGGUUGCUGAUUAAUAUGGCUUUAGGAUUGAGAUCCCUGCUUAGAGCACGUGAACAAGGUCCAUUCUUUUACCAUUAUGAGGGUGCGCAAGAUGGGGAUGGAAAUAUCAGGGCAAGAAGUGGUUAUUCAGAUAGAUAUGAACUCCCUCUUCCACAUAGCGUGAGUGUUCGGCAAUAUUCUGAAGACUACGACUUAACUAAACUGAAAAAUUGGUACAACAGACAAGUCCUAUUUAAUUAUUACGACGGUAAUCUCUUUUUACGAAUGCAUUAUUUGCAUUUGUCAAAGAAAAGAGUGGUAUCCGACAGUUUUGAAUAUGAUUUGUCAUCUUGGCUAAUGCACAAAAAGGAUACAGCUCCUUAUUCAGAUGCUAAUACAUGGUGGGCCGCCAUAAGAAGAGAGUUUAUCCUUAUUUUUAAACCCGUUUUUGAGGGUCUAAAGAUACUGCAUUUAAGGGAAGAGUAUCACGGAAAUUUAGAUUCAGAAAGUUGCAUUAAAAUUAUAUGUAAGAAUGGAAAUGUGACACGUGGAAUUCUCACCAACAUGGAGGAGAAAGUUGGAUCUAAAUCUACUCUUCGAGAGAGAGAUGCCCAACACUUGAGGGAAAUCAUCGAGAAAGUUAUCACAUUCCCAUUUAUAGGGACUUCUGAAUCAUCUGAGGAAGUUCGUGAGUUGUGUUUACAGCAACUCGGUGCUUAUUCGUGCCAGACGGACCUAAUGAUCAAGUGGAGUCUUGAUCCAGUCCUUUUUUGGGAUACGAGGAGAAGGAUACAAUUUUUGGAGGCGGUCGAUUGGUUGUACCACCGGAAUGUACCCCAACCGUCACUCGUUAAAUCCACCCACCGGUACUGGACAUGGGAUAUACUUUGCAAUGAUCAGGUGUUAGUUGAUGUUUAUUUCCAUGAACAGCAAGAUCGUACGGUGACGCCUCAAAAGUAUAGUGAGAAACAUAAUUUAAUAAGAUUUUAUAGGAAUUGUAUCCACCAUGCUGAUUUCGGUGGAAACGGACAGGUCAACUGUCCUUUUGAGAUUCAUAAGCUGUUUCUGGUGCAUUAUGAUGUUUUCCCACCAAGCAUACGCACCGCAACUGACGUUCUUAAGUUUGUGGCAUCUCCAAAAUCUUCAUCUUCAAAAUCUUCAAAAUCUUCAUCUUCAAAAUCUUCAUCUUCAAAAUCUUCAAAAGCUUCAUCUUCAAAAUCUUCAUCUUCAAAAUCUUCAUCUUCAAACUCUUCACCUUCAUUUAUUGAAGAGUUAAGAAGGUCAUUUGCGCAACAAUUCAUAGGUUGACAGCAUAUGAGGAAUCUAUUGUAUAUUGUGCUAAUUCCUUUAAUUUCAUGAGGCUUUUGAAAAUGCAUACGUUGCAGUCAUCUUGUUUUUUAAAUUGUCACUUAAAGUAGAUACUGUGAGGCAAUACUUAUGGCUUUUUUUAUUGUUGGUUUUUAAGUAGUUUAGUUUUGGAUGUGAUCCGUUAUUAGUUGGCCUGAUUGGAAAAGACUGAAGAUGAGGUUAGUGUUGUGCAUGUAAAAAUUUUACAAAACAAGAUAUUAAAUGAAUCUUAGUUAUAACGGUAGUUAUCGAAUGGGUUUUCUUAA